AUGGGGUUCCCUCCUAGAUUCAGCUCAUGGGUGCUUAAUUGUGUUACAAAUCUGAAGUUCUCUAUUCUUAUCAAUGGGCAAUUGUCUGAAGGGAUAUUAGCUGACUGUGGAUUCCGUACAUCUAUUCCAAAUGUGAAGAAAGUGACGUCUAUUUUGGAGGACUAUUGUUCUUGGACUGGACAAAAGGUUAAUAGAAGUAAAUCUGCGAUACUAUUCAAUAAAUCGACCUCCUCUUCUACAAAAUCUCGCCUUGCAAAAAUCACAGGAUGCAGGAAAGUGGAGGAGUUGGAGUACUUGGGACUUAAGUUUGCUUUGAGAAGACUCACAAGAAAGGACUUUGCUCCUUUGGUACAGCAGGCUCGGGCCAAGACAUUGACAUGGGGCAUUAGGCAUUUAUCGUUGGCUGGACGGGUUACUUUGAUAAAUUCGGUUUUGUUGCAUUCUUCAGUUUAUGUAGUAACUAAUUCUAUGGUGCCGAGAUCUAUCUUAAAUGAUAUUGAGAAAAUUUGUAGGAGUUUUCUCUGGGAUAUUGAUGAGAAUCAUAAAAGCAUCCACUAUGCUUCAUGGGAUACUAUUUCUAAGCCAAGGAGGAUGGGGGGACUUGGGUUUCAUGCAAAUUCUAAAUGGGUUGGACCCUUAAGAUCUCGGAUUGCAUGGGAGUUUAUCAGCAAACCGCAAAGCUUAUUUCGUAGAUGUAUGGAGCUGAAGUAUGGGAAUUGGCCAUGGGUGGAUGAGUUUAGACGUGGGGAUUCCUCUGUGUUAAAACUCAUUUGUGAUGGAGCAAACAAUUUAUCUUGCUGUGUUAGAUGGAGG